AAUUGCUCUGGCCGCGAGCCAGAAUGGAAUGUUUAUAUUUGUUUGCUAGCCAAUCACAGUGAAUGGCAGGCGGGGUUCUAAAAUGUUGCCCAGCUGCACGCGCAGGGAGGGGGCGUGUCAUGUAUUAUUGGGGAAAGAAAAAAAUAGCAAAACAUAUAUUUUUUCUCUUACCGGCAGCUGCAGGGGGAACAGUGGAGACAGUUGUUAGUUAACCAAGUAAAGCAGUAGCUUGUUAACUUAGAAGUUGGGGAUAGAGCAAUUGUUAAAUGUAUUGCUUUUAUAUAUUUUAAGUAGAAUAUUAAGCCUGAAGCACCUUAACUAAGCCUACCAGAUCAUGAAUUCCAAGCGUCUUCCUAAGAGGUCUGUGGUGGGGAUACGUGUUUGCGCCGCUCCAGGUUCAGUCUGUACCGGUAGCUUGCAAGCAGGGACAAGUGACACACAUGGCAAGGCUAUUGCAGCAGGGGUCUUUGAGAUAAUACAAGCAUGCAAGAACGACCCUUCUACUGGAAGCAGUUUCUACGCACUGAUGUUGGACGAAGGCACUUUGAAAGAAUACCCCACUGAAGAGAGCGUUAUGAAUCGGUCUGAUUUGAAAACUACAGUGCAUGGAAAACACUCUCAUGCCGGUUUGGAAAAGAUACCGUUGUACUGCAAGAGUGAAGAGGGAGUUCCAGAAUUGGAACAGAAAAGCACCCUGGUUCCGAAUGGCAGAAAGUUAGAAGACCGUGUGCACGUGGACGACAAACGUUCUGCGGGGCGACUGGAGGACACCAAGAAAGACCCGCUUCCACAAAGCCCUGCCCCAGUGCAUGAACAGAGCCGGCUCCAGAUGUCAUCCUACAUCCCUGUCCCCAAGCACAGGAGGCCGUUGGGUCAUGUAGACUUGGAGGUGAUGGCAGCUACAGUCCUCACCACCCUCUCCACCAGUCCGCUGGUACUCAGCCCCCCCUCUGGGACCCCAGGUGCAGAUCCCUGCAGUCGAGGGUGGAAGGAGGCCCUGUCUGCCAGCUACAGCAGCUCAACCAGUGGGAACUGGAGCUGGGAUGCCAGCGACCAAUCGGUCCCCUCCACCCCCUCCCCGCCGCUCCCCGCCGACACCAACAAGAGCUUUCUGCUGUCCUGCCAGUCCGACGACAACAUCGAAGAGUCCGUGACCACACACUUCCUCUUCGAGGACCCCAUCCCCAGGAAGAGAAAGAACUCUAUGAAGGUGAUGUUUAAGUGCUUGUGGAAGAACUGUGAGAAGGUCCUCAGCACCUCGUCAGGAAUUCAGAGACACGUCCGCACUGUCCACCUCGGGCGGAAUAGUGACUCUGACUACAGUGAUGGAGAGGAGGAUUUCUAUUACUCUGAGAUCGAGGUGAACAUGGACUCGCUGUCGGAGGGGCUUUCCAGUCUGACGCCAACCUCUCCCACCACCACAGCCCCCCACCCCCCUGUGUUCCCCCUGCGGGAGCUCCCCCACUCUGAGCCAGCGCUGAUCCGCCCCUGGGGAGGCAAGACGCUGACACCACUGAGCCAGUCUGCACCCUCCACGCUGUGCCACAUCCGCACUGAUCACGCCUACCAGGCCACUGUUCCUGUUAGCAUCCCUGUAUCUUCCAAGUUCGUACCUAGUGAGAAUGGGAUCAGUAUAUCCUGGCAGUCCCCUCCUGUCAUAUUUAAAGGGUCACCGGGAUCCUUAACGCAGAUCCGCACGGUCAGCAUUGGAGAGAAGAGGCAGCCCCUCCAGCACACUACAGUCCCCAAGACACACGCGGCUCUCCCCUCCGCACCCAAACCAGCCACGGGAACCAGGAAACCUCGCGGAGAAGCCAAGAAGUGUCGGAAGGUGUAUGGCAUGGAGAAGAGGGACAUGUGGUGCACCGCCUGCCGCUGGAAAAAAGCCUGCCAGAGGUUUAUUGACUGAGCCCGUCUCUUUCUGAAGUUCCUUGCUCAAAAGACUUGCUCUACAGGCUGGUAUUGUUAAACGCAAAAGCACAGUGCGUGAUAGCUUUGACUUCAAAGCCACCUCCUUCCGAGCCAUCAACGUGCCGUCCUCCUUUGUUCUGCGGCACUCCCUGGGGAGGAAUCGUCACAGCUUUGGUUGGCUUUGAAAUGGAAAUGGGACGCCGUGCUGUAUUCUGGUUAAAAAAAAAAAAAAAAAAAAAAUUACAAAAAAAUACACAAAACAGAAAACAAAAAAAAUCUUUAUAUCGUUUGGGCAGCAUUGUUUUAUUUUUACAGUAAUCUGUUAAGAGGGAAAAAAAAAGCUAAGCAGCACAUUUAAAAAAGAAAUGGUUUGAGGCUUCUUAAUUCACUGUUAAUAUUUUAAACUCUGCUUUUACAAACCUUAUUUUAAAGACCAUGCUGUUAAUUAUAUAUAUAUAUAAAAAAAAUUCAGACAAGCUUUUUAUGGAAAAUAUUUGACUUUAGCUUUUUUUUUUUUUCUGGUCACUUAAUUUAGUUAAUCAAAAACAGUCACGAGGUUCAUUUGUACAAACCUUGCUAACUGUGUAGCUUUAUCACUUGACAGUACUUUCUUUGGGAUUGCUCAUUGAAUUCCUUUUUAUACAGGCAUUGUCAUAAGUUUCAGUUCAGAUUAUCAGCACUGUUUAAAACAGUGGUUUUAAAAGAAAGCAUCAUUGGACUGAAUUUGCUUGUAUUAUAACACCAUGCCUGGUGUUCUUUCACACUGUACAUACCUGUUUAAUUUGCUUUUUCUGUCAGUAAUACAAAUGACAAGCGCUAUAGUUACUUAAUCCAAAGGGUUUUCUGGGAAGCAGGUCAAACGGAUGAGGUUUUUUUAGAAGCAUUCAGGUAGGCAGUAUUCUGCGGGUAGGUGCAAGAUGCUCGCUGCUUGUCACAUGUUCUCAAGGUUAGGAAUUUCACUUGGAAGCUGAGAGUUUUGAAACCAUAGUAACAUGUCUCCAAAUGUAAGUGUUAAAAAAAGGAAAUCGCACCAAAUGAAAGCCUGUGCUACCUUUAGUUACUCAACCGCUGAAAAGUGCAAGUAGUGACAAAAGUUUGUUAAUUCCAGACAAAAAAAAAAAACAAAAAACUGGAGAUCAUGUCAAAGUUCCAGACAUAAAAAACGAACGAUUAUACAUAUUUUGAAUAAUAAUUUCCAUUAUAUGAUGAAGACUUUUCUUGGCGAGGCAGUGUUCCAUUAGCUAGGAGUAGCUAGAGCUUUCAUUUGUAUCUUUUAGAAACCUGUGUCGCCGUUUUAGGCCGAUCUUCAUUGCCAAACGCAGAUUUACAAGUAGUUAUUUGUAGUUGCCUUCAAAUGUUGGAAAUAGGAUGGAUCUAAAGAGAUUCUAAGUGUUUUUUUCCUUGUAUGUGGGAUUUUAGUGCAGAGGAUAAUCUGGUGAAGGCAGAUUCACCUGAAAUUCCACCUGGACAGAAGACUGGUUUCUUACUGCUUACACUAAACUGUAUUUGCAAGUGUUUAUUUGCUUCCCAAAAAGCCUACUUCGAGUCAAGAGCUAGACGCAGCAUAAAACAUAAAGACAAAAAAACAUGGCUGGAUACAAGAUGACACUUUUUUAGUAAUAGAUUUUUUUGGCUUUUGAUUUUAUAGUUUUUAUACUCACGUUUUCUUUAAAAUGAUUUCUUUGGAUAUGUAGGUUAAGCGUUCAUGUACAUUUGCAGUAUGUCUUUUUUUUCUACAGAUUUUGAAAUGGAGGAGUUUUAUUUACUGUGCUGCCUAUCAAUACACGUGAAUGAAGCUUUGAUCUGUUCAGACGGUCCAGCCUUCGCUGAGAUACAGAACAGCACUGUAGAGGUCAUUAAAGGGUGCAAUCUGAAUAGACUGGCAAACUAAACAGUGUAAGGUUCAUAUUCCCUGCUGUCAAACACUAAUAGCUAUAGCUC